UCUGGGUGUAGGAAUGCCCACCGUUGGUGAUAUUAGGGAGACAGAUCCAGGAGUUUCAUCUGGGAAAAGAGAGGGGGAGAUGUUAUAUUUCCAAGCCAGGGUGGCGUGUGGCUUGGAAGGUGGGAUGAAGAUGCUUGACGAGCUACAGGGCCGAAUGUCCUCAUUCCGCGCUGCCGACCAGCACGAGGCCGGGGGGGCGGAGACUCAAAUACCAACGGCCUCAGCACGAGCGGGUGAACGAAAGCAGGAAAAAGCGGCGACCCGAUUGGAGGACCGGCGAGCGCGAGUAGGGGGCAGAGGUCAAAACCCUGCCCCUGACGAUUCCCUCCAAACGGUCACGGUGUGAAAAGAGCCUAUGCCGUGAUUGGAGGAGAGGUGAGCACACGUGGUUAAAAGGCAUGAAUGAACUUGAACAGAAAUAGUACUCCACCGGUCUGACCGUUCCCCUCGUCACCAUCACAUUACCUUCAGGCGCGUCCCUAAUACUUACACCUCUGUCCUUCUUCUUCCUCAACACCGACACUUGUACCCAUUCCCAAUCCCUCAAAGAGUCAUUUCACUGCGCUUAAGAUGCACUAUCAGAGUCCGAGGUGGUAUUGCGCACACCACUCAAACUUUCACGUCUGCUCGUCAAGGCCGAAUGACAGCUAGGAACGGGCAGAAUUUGGCGAACACGAAGGUGGAACUACAUUACCCAGAAAGCAGCGGGGAACAAUAUCACGUGAUCUACGUCGACUCAAUAACGUCGGCAAGUAGUUGCUCGGAUGAAGAAGACAGCUCAAGGAUAUCGAGGGGAAGAGUCAAGAGCGACAACGGCAAGGGAGCAUGGCGAAGGAAACGCUGCUCAGGGUAAGACAAGUGUGGUUAUGUAGACAUCACUGGACCUUACUGCAGAGGACAAGGCAAGUGCCACUAUUGCCUUCUAGCAUCGUCAGGCGACAGCUUAGCUCCCAGCCCAUGAGUUAUGUCCGUCGACAAAGUCUCUAUAAAAAGCUACUCCUUGGGGUCGUGGUUGGUGUCCCACUGGCUUUGGGUGCUGUAUUUAGCUUGUCAGAUGCCCGUGACCGUAGGAAGAUGAGGCUACUGUUUGAAGGUGUUAGUCGCUUCUACAGAUCCAUUUACUUUGGAAUAAAAAUCUCUACAGAUUAUUGGUGGACUAUUAAUGUAAAACUUCGUGGAAAGGAUGAGAACAGCCAGGACUUCAUCGACGAAAUGUCUGCCUGCCACCAGCGAGGAGCGGACCUCAUUGUGGAGGGAGCCAUUAAAAACUCGGGUUUGUACAUCAAACUGGGGCAGGGAUUGUGCGCCUUCAACCAUCUGCUCCCCCCUGAGUAUACCACCACUCUGCGAAUCCUAGAAGACAAGGCCAUCAACAGGAGGUACAAGGAGGUCGAUGCAUUGUUCCUUGAAGACUUUCACACCACUCCAGAUAAAUUAUUCAAGCACUUUGAAGAAGAGCCAUUUGCAGCUGCUAGUCUAUCUCAAGUCCACAAAGCAGAGCUGCAUGAUGGAACAUCUGUGGCUGUUAAAGUGCAGUUCAUUGAUCUACGGGAUCGGUUUGAUGGAGAUAUCAUGACACUGGAAUUCCUCUUGGGUCUAGUUCAGUUUAUGCAUCCGAAGUUUGCGUUCCGUUGGGUCCUCCAGGACCUGAAGGGAACGCUGGCCCAGGAACUGGACUUUGAAAAUGAAGGUCGUAAUGCAGAACAAUGUGCAGAAGAUCUCAAGCAUUUCAAAUUUAUUGUCAUUCCUAAGGUAUACUGGGAGCAGACCAGUAAGCGAAUCCUGACUGCAGAUUACUGUGAGGGCAGUAAAAUCACCAACAUCGAAGAAAUUGAGCAGCAGGGCUUAAGUGUAAAAGAUGUUGCGGACAAACUAGUCAAGACUUUUGCAGAGCAGAUAUUUUACACUGGGUUCAUUCAUGCUGACCCCCACCCUGGAAAUAUUUUGGUAAGGAAGGGCCCUGAUGGAAAAGCAGAACUGGUGCUCCUAGACCACGGGUUGUAUGAAAGCUUGAAUCUAAAGGACAGGAUUACUCUCUGCAAACUCUGGCGUUCCAUCAUCCUGCUCAAUGAUGCUGCGAUGAAGAAAUUUGCCAAUGAGCUGGGAGUCAAAGAUUACUUCCUGUUCUGUGAGAUCCUGUUGCAACGACCUAUCAAUAUGCGGGAGACAGCUUACCAACUGGCCAAUAUGAUGACAAGGGAGGAAAGGGCCUACAUGCAGGACAUGGCCAGCAAUCAUUUUGACAGGAUCAUCCAGGUGCUGAAGGACCUACCACGUCCCAUGUUGCUAGUCUUCAGGAACAUCAACACUGUCCGGUGUAUAAACGUCAUCCUAGGCUCACCUGUUGACCGAUAUGUUCUGAUGGCUAGAAGUGCGGUUAAAGCGCACAGUCUGUUAACAAAUAAACACACUGGAGGAUUUUGGAGAGUUGGUGCUUUGAAGUGGCUAAAGAUAAAGUGGGCCAGCCUCCAGUUUGAGAUCGGUCUCCGGUCAGAAAGUAUGAUGAUGAAGAUAAUCUCCAUGCUUGUACGAUUAUUCAUUUACUUUGGUCUGAUAGUGCCAGAUGAAGAUUUAUACAGUUACCUGCUGGAGUAGCAUGUUGGGCUGUCAAUUCAAAUCCUGUUAGAGGUGUGAGAAUCUACUGGACCUUUUGUUUGGAAAUUUUGGUUUCUUCUUACCUCAAAUCAGAAGAGUCUGACUACCAUGGCCACUGCCUAACCAAGCAGCCGUGAUCCUUGGGCAAUGCUCAAAGUUAAAUGGAAGGUUGGUCAAAGGGAUCUGAAAUCUGGCAUUUUCACUCAGCUGGCAUGGUUUCUGUCAACAUAUCACUGGCAACCCUCAUGCAAGAGCCUCUACCAUUUCAGGCUAAAUUGGAGCUGUUUGCUCACAGUGCACCAUUGAAGGAAUGGAAACUUCAACUUUGUUACUGCUGUUUGGCAACAAUAAGAUUAGUGAGCAGUUUUCUUGAGCUAAUAGUCUGCAAUCCUUUGAUUGAAAUGACACAAAUCACACGAUGUCCUGAAAUAAAUCAGUCAGGAAUUUGUUGGUGGAUGAAAAUUCUGAACCUCAACUCUUGUCUCUUCCUUUACCUGCACCACGAUAGAAUUUCUACUCAAGUCAGGAAUGUAAGGCUAUUCAGCAUAUAGAAUCCCACUUCUGACCUAUUAACGUUAUCAUGGUACUUACUUGAAUGUUGAAUGACUUUUGAUAUAGAGCCCUAC